CCCCCAUCGCCGUUUUCUUUCUUUCUUCGGACACCACCACGUGGCAGUCAUGUCAGUGGACCCCACUGCCCACGGCCUCUGGUUAUGGAUACAUUCGAUGGCUCUCUGCCCCAGUAUUUCCACCUCUCCCUCUCUUAAUUAACCCUCCGGCUCCAGCCCAGUAGACUGUCAGACUCCGGCCACCACACCCUCCUUUUUCUCUACAUUUAUAUAUACCCCACCCUCCCUUUCCCUUCUUCAACCUCAUUCUUCUCUAUCCCCUUCACUUCUCAAUCCCCCCCCCCUCCCCAAACAAUAAAUAUACACGUACCCUUCAUUCAAUAUUAUACAUUUGCUGUGCCACACUAGUACUACUCUACCUCUAUACUAUAUUUACGGUUCUCAUUAUUAUAGAUUUUUAAGCUUUCUUUCUUUGUUUUUUUUUCUUGAAUUGGUUUCUUGGGGAACUGAUGAUCAAUAGAGCAUUGUUACCAGCUGGUGGUGAAGAGAAUAUGCUGCACUGUACUGACAUAACAGUGCUCGAGAGACAAAGAGCUUGUAUCAAAUGGCAACAAGAACAGCAGCAGCAGCAGCAACAGGUUCAACUACAACAGCAAGAGAUUAGUUAUUUUACUGAACUGACCGGUGUGUUUCAACAAGCUGGGUUUCAUGAGGGUGGUUUAAAUGAGGUGGUGACCCGGUCUGUGAAACCUGACCCGGGUUUGGUGGAUAAUCGUUGGAAUAAUGACCAUCUUGUGGGGUUUGGUGUUGGCCCGCCGUAUAAUAAUGGACCGGGUUUUGAGUUGAAUUAUGGUUCCAUUUCUAGGACUUCUAGCUGCCCGCCGCCGGUUGUCGCUGCUGUGGCAGCGGCUACAGUGAAAGGCUCAGAGUCUGUUGUGUCAGAUAAGAUUAGUUCCGGCGUUGGAAGAGAGAUUUCCAAGAAGAGAAAGGUUGAUGAUAAACAAAACAACUCAAAGGUUGAUGCAGAAGAAGACACCAGGGACAAAAGGAUCAAAGGAUGUGCAGAGGAAGGAGAGUCAAAGAUCACAGAGAAAAAUAACAACAAAAACAGGCGCAACAAUAACACCAACAAAAACAAUAACAGUAACAAAGAAAGUUCUGCUGGGAAUUCAAAGGACAAUUCCAAAGUAACUGAGGUUCAAAAGCCGGAUUACAUUCAUGUCAGGGCACGUCGCGGUCAAGCUACUGAUAGCCACAGCUUAGCUGAAAGAGUGAGGAGGGAAAAAAUCAGUGAAAGAAUGAAGUAUCUUCAAGAUUUGGUACCGGGGUGUAACAAAAUCACUGGUAAGGCAGGCAUGCUUGAUGAGAUCAUUAACUAUGUUCAAUCACUUCAGAGACAAGUAGAGUUCUUGUCAAUGAAAAUAGCUACUGUAAAUCCAAGGCUUGACUUCAACGUUGACAACUUAUUUGCCAGAGAGCAGGCCUUUCCUGCUUGUUCAGUCAAUUUUCCCACCAUUGGGAUGUCAUCAGAUAUGACUAAUCCUGCAUACCUUCAGUUUAAUCCAGCACAACAACAAUUAGUUACAUGCUGUGGAUUGGAUAUGGGGAUAGAUCCUCCUGAUAUGGGGCUUAAACGGACCACUAGUUCUCCUGAAUCUAUUCCUGAAACAUUUCUAGACUCAUCCUGCUUCACUCAAGCCCAUCCCCCACCAGCUUGGGAUGCUGAUCUACAAAAUCUUUACAAUGUAGCUUUUGAUCAAGGUAGACAAACAUCCUUCCCAACUCAGCCAUUUACAGGCAAGAUAAAAUUAUCAUGUCUUUUUUAUCUUCACUUUAUUAAUCUGAUAAAUCCAUAAGGCGAAAAGACAAAGCAAAGUGAGUUUUAAGUACCAAUGAUGGAGAGCAUAGAGAACCCCACAAAAGUUAAUGAUUUUGCUCUGGGACUAAAGUAAGUCUUCGUGAUAGAAAUGGAGAAAGUUGGUCACAGGGAACUUCCUAUCAAUUCUUCCAAAUGAUUAAAGCCGCUGAUUCUUUUCUAUGACUAUUAAGUUUUCCACAAUUCUUUCUUUAUAAAGGAAAACCACUCAAAGUUGCAAAGCAUUUUGGCUGUGUAAAGACAUCAUGACCAUCGAUCUCUUGCCAACUGAUGGCACAAAAAAGGAUCCCUUGGUAAAUACAUGGCGAAGUCUAUAAUUCUUACAAUAAAAUAGUUCUUGCUACUUGUGAUUGUUUAUCACGUUGGAAUUUAAUUCGCUAGUUGGAUGCAAGAGAAACCAUUGGAUAA